AAAUAGAGAAUUGUGUAAUCCAUUAGAAGCAGAUGGGCUUCCUUUGGUGGACUCUAAGCUCUUAGGUCAAGUCCGUAAGCCAAGCCCCACGAACCAGGCAAAGCAGCAAGCAAAUUCGCAGGUUUACUGGUUGAGAAACCAGGGUUUUGCGGAGGUUUUCAUUUUUCAUUGUUCCAAUUGAGACAACCAAGAAAUGGCAGCUGCAAUUGCGGCGAGAUCUUCUUUUCUUCGUCCAAUCUUCAGAACAGCAACAACAACGACAACAACGACAACAGCAAGAACAAGAACCCCAUUUUCAGUUCCUAAUCCUUCACUUCGUUCCAGUUUUACUUUUCGCCAAACCCGGAUUUCUCCUCCUUCUUUAUCUCGGUUGGUUCGACGAGAACUGAGCACUCUUCAACCGGUUCACAGUGCGGUUGCAUCGGCUUGCCUUGUUUCCACGCUUCCCCGUGAUACCAACAGUUGUGCUGAAGGUAGAUUUGCUAAUUAUCUCAGUCCUAUCUAGUAGCUCUCGCUUGUGGAGGUUGAAGCUUUCUUCUUUCAAUCUAGUAUUGCUGCUUUCUUCAUUCCUAAGUCAGAAUUCAGCUUUUCAGGGAUCAAUUGGCUAUAUGUGUUUAUUUUCCCAUCUUUAAUGAGUGGGUGGUUUUAAGUCACACUUGAAAUUCUCCUGUCUACUUUGUGAUGAUUUUAAUUUACAUAUGAUGGAUGGUUCUUUUGCUAAAAGUCUCUAUUAAUAUCAUCUGAAUAGUUGAAAUAAAUCCAUAAUGGUAUCCAGGUUUGACCUGCUGGGUUAUGGUUAUGUUGGUGAAUUGUGAUGAAUGCUUCAAAUUGGUGCAUAAAAAUGAGAUAAAUAUGUCUCUGUUGCCUUGUUAAUUCUGCAGUAAGAUGUUUAUUUUGCUUCCUUUCAUGUUGUGGAAACUAGUUAUGAGAAUUGUUCUAGAAAGCAGCGGCUAUUGUUGCACCCAUCAUUUAAGAAUUUUGAUUUUGAUUGGCUUAAAGUUGGCUAAUGCUGUGUUCUAAAUGUUUAUCUCCCUGAAACGAGGAUGGUGUACUUGAUUUUAAAGCUUGCUCAUUACUUUGGAAGUUUGUGCGGACUGUGGUGCCAUAAAAGAUCAUGAGCCACUAAAAACUUAUUUCUUUUUUUUUUUUUGGCAAAUAGAAAACUUAUUGGUUGACUGUUGUAUUUUUCAUUUAUUUAGCAUCAUGGCAAAUGUAACC